CCAGUGUUUGGUCCAGGGCUGGUGGAGGGUUUCGGGCUGCAGCAUCCGCCCGGGCUUUAGUUCGGGGGUCUUGGGGCCUUGGGGUGCAAAACGGCUCCCCUUCGUUCCGGUGGGUUCCGAGCCCUGGCAGGCUUGUCGCGGAGGUGCCGGGUCUCGGCGAGUGGGCUGCUGCCGGGGGCCCGGGGUCCCCUUGGGCCGCGGAUCCCGACCAGGGGCCGAGGAGCUGGGGGUCCAGGGUUGCCCGCGCGACGCGGCCGCGAUCCCGGAGUCGAUCUGAGGUCUCUCUUUCCCCUGUUCUGCAGGCUCGCUUCCGGCGUCAUGGCUCAAAGGGCCUUCCCGAAUCCUUAUGCCGAUUAUAACAAAUCUCUGGCCGAAGGCUACUUUGAUGCUGCUGGGAGGCUGACCCCUGAGUUCUCACAGCGCUUGACCUGUAAGAUUCGAGAACUCCUUCAACAAAUGGAGAGAGGCCUCAAGUCAGCAGACCCUCGGGACGGCACUGGUUACACGGGCUUUCUAGGUAUUGCGUUGCUUUACUUACAUCUCUAUGAGGUGUUUGGGGACCCUGCCUAUCUGCAGAUGGCUCAUGGCCACGUCAAGCAAAGCCUAAACUGCCUGAGCAAGCGCUCCAUCACCUUCCUGUGUGGGGAUGCAGGCCCCCUGGCCGUGGCCGCCGUGCUCUAUCACAAGAUGAACAGCGAGAAGCAGGCCGAGGACUGCAUCACGAGGUUAAUUCACCUAAAUAAGAUUGACCCCCAUGUUCCGAAUGAAAUGCUCUAUGGACGCACUGGCUACAUCUAUGCUCUUCUUUUCAUCAAUAAGAACUUUGGUGAGGAGAAGAUUCCUCAAAGUCAUAUUCAGCAGAUUUGUGAAACGAUUUUGACCUCCGGGGAGAGUCUUGCUCGAAAGAGAAACUUCACAGCAAAGUCUCCCCUGAUGUAUGAAUGGUACCAGGAAUAUUAUGUGGGGGCAGCACAUGGCCUGGCAGGAAUUUAUUACUACCUGAUGCAGCCCAGCCUUCAAGUUAACCAUGGGAAGUUAUAUAAUCUGGUCAAGCCCAGCGUGGACUUCGUUUGCCAGCUGAAAUUCCCUUCGGGCAACUACCCUCCGUGUGUGGAUGAUAACCGGGACCUGCUGGUGCACUGGUGCCACGGAGCCCCCGGCGUCAUCUACAUGCUUAUCGAGGCCUACAAGGUGUUCAAAGAGGAGCAGUACCUCUCUUAUGCCUACCAGUGUGCUGACGUGAUCUGGCAAUACGGGCUGCUGAAGAAGGGAUAUGGGCUUUGCCAUGGAGCUGCCGGGAAUGCCUAUGCCUUCCUGGCACUGUACAACCUUACACAGGAUAUGAAGUACCUAUACCGGGCCUGCAAGUUUGCCGAGUGGUGCUUAGAUUAUGGAGAGCAUGGAUGCAGGACCCCAGACACCCCCUUCUCUCUCUUUGAAGGAAUGGCUGGAACAAUAUACUUCCUGGCCGACCUGCUAGUUCCUCUGAAAGCCAAGUUCCCUGCAUUUGAGCUGUAAAAGGAGAGCAGCCGCCCAGCUGGACUCAUGGCCUCCUGUGUAUUCACAUCAGUGCUGCACACUUCUGUUGCUUUUCAAGGAAAUACAGAAUCCAACUGUGUACCUGAGUUAGUUGUUUUCUUCAGAAUGGUCGUUGCUUUGAUUCCUUUGUUCAUUAUAUACUUUUAUUUAAAAGUAAGCAAGACAUUCUUUUUAGGUUUUGUCUGAAAGGAUGGAUAAUAAGUACAAUCCUCUGAGGUCAUUUACAUGUAUUUCAGGACUUGGAGGAAAUCUUACUCUUAUUUAAAUUUAUGAACAUAACUAUCUAUUGCUAUUCUAAAAAAUGUUUAAAAGAAAUUACAUAUAGGUAAGCGGAGGUAGAUAUGUAGCUGUUGCUGAAUAUUACCUUCUACCUCUUCUGUUUCAUACUUUAACCCCAACAAGGGGUAAGUUUUAUUAUUUGCUUUUCUUUAACUGGUUGAUAAUAGAAGGGGACAAAAUAUAAAUAGUGGCUUCUAGGAGAAAAGACACAAGAGCUACAAAGGAGACUUGGAAACUAAGCACCACUUUUCAAAUUCCUGAUGCCUGUUUGCUCUAGAGAUUAAAAUAAAUGCACUGUAAAAUCUGCCUCUGAUUUGACAAAAAAGCAUCUGGGACUGCAUGCCAGUGUUUAUAUCAAAACUUUUGCAAAUGUGAUUGUGUCACACAUUUUAGUUGAAUGUUAGUUCAAGAUAAGCUAUCAGUAACACUUUUAGUGUUGCUGUUGUUGUUAUUUUUAAGUUCAGGGUUCUUUGGAACUAUUUGCUUUGAUUUAUUUGUUUGCUUUUUGGUGUUGGAAUAAGAUCAGGUAGCACAUUUCCUGUGUGCAUAUGCUAUAGUGUAGGAUUCCAGUCUGUCCUGGUCCACUGACCUUCUAACCCUUGAUUUUUUUUACUUACGUGGCACUGACUAUAAGUUAAUACUUGCUGUCCACUAUAAGCUGAGUUUCUUCCCAUCAAUUUCUCUCAACAUUGGUGUUUCUAUGCAGUAAUUCAGCCUUCUUCUGCCUUACAAGCAGAGCAAAAAAAAAAAAAAAAGAAGAAGGCCAGAUAGCCAAUCACUAGAGAAAGAAUAAACUUUGGAGAGAAUUUUUACUUAUUAGGAAGCAUCAUCCAGAAAACAAUCCUUCCUAUAAACAGAUAGAUCUGUGCAUAUUGCAGUCUGAACAGCUCAUCAGUUUCUGAAACCACAAAACCAGGUUUUAUAUGGUAGAUGAGGAUUCCUUGAUGCUUUAAAUUCUGUACAAAUUGGUUCCUCCUCUACCUCCUCUUCCCUUCCACCACCCCCCCCCACUGCUGCCUUUCCUAGACCACUCUUCUUGACUGAUUUGAAAGAUGUUGAAACUAUAAAACAACAGGCUCUGAGAAUUUUAAAUGUGCAAUUUCUUGGUCACAAAAAAAAAUGCUAUUUUUACUGGAACUUAGAAAUUGUCUGAUCCUUUAAAGUUUGCCAACAGUAGGAUCUAAGAAGUAACCCACUGCUCAGUUUGGAGCCUGAAGCUUCUCUCUUAGUUUCUGCAGUACUGCUGGUGAGCUGGGGACAGCUGUGCCUUCUUCAGGAGAGUUUCUAUCCAUUGGUGUUGACACUUACAGCAAAGCUCAUUUAUUUGCCCUUGUCCAGGUGUCCACUUUGAGAGGAGAAAGCUCAUUUGGCUUAACUAAAUGUCAUAUAUCGUGCCUGUACUUUUAGCUACUAUAGAUAUCUUCACCAGGGGAAAAGAACAAAGCCACUCUCCUUCUGCAAGCCGGAGCAGCCCUGACCACAGCGCUUCGUGAGCAUUUUGAUGAAGAACUCAAAACAGGGAAAAGAACAUUCUGAGUCAUGUUCUUGUUCAUGUUUGGAUUGCACUUAACGCUAUUGUCAUCCAUUAAGAAAUUCAUUCUCAAAUACAAGUGUAAGAUUCUACCUAUCUUUUUCAUACUUGAGCUUUUUAAAACUUAUUAGGCUGGUAGGAUGUUUAUACCAUUGUUUCCUUACACUAAAGAGCUAAGAUUUUAAACAGGGUAUAGAGCCAACACCAAUACCUGUCACUAUGGUAGUGACUAAAAGAAAGUUCCAUUAGCUUUCUUAGUUUCAGAAGGAAGCAAUGUCCUUAUUUCAGUCACUUUUAGUACAGUUCAGUUAUUUUUCUCGUUGGUUAUAAACCUUCUCCCUAGUGGCCUCCCAGAAAACUCAGUAACCUUGCUUAUCUCUAUGCAAAGACUAGGUGGUAAAGCUCCAAAUCUUGUCAAGCAGAGUUCGUUACCUUACCAUGCUUUUGUGCAAGCAGUGGUGAGAAAUUUCAGUGGUUCACUUUUCAGUUCCCAUGGGGCUUUCGUUGCAUCUUAGUUGUCAUCACAAACCUCCCUGGCAGGUAGUUCCAGGUAAAAGGGAAUCUAAGUAUACUUUCUCCUUAUUCCCAUUUCCCUCAAUAACAGAAUUGAGAGACAUCUCUGCUCCUGUGGUUCUCUAGUUAGUUUACAUGCAUUAUUAGGAUGCCUUCCCUUCUGUCAACAGAUUUUGAAAUAGAAAUGAUGGACAGUGAAUGUUGACUUACACACUCCUCUGGAUCCCAGAAUUCACCUGUAGUUGCCAGUGACACACACUGAAUCUUAAUUCUGUUUCUGCCUCCCCUAAACAGAGCAGAGCACACUUCUGUAUGUUCUGUCCUUCCGGGCCAGAGAACUAUUUCUCCUGUAGAUAUGCAAUGCAUCUGGAAUAUUCAGGGAAUUCACUGCAGUGUUACAUUAUCAUUACUGGAAAGGGUUGAUAUCAUUUGCAUUUAUAUAUUGUAUAAAGGAUUUGACUUACCAGUUCUCAAUAAAAGUUUGUUAGGACUACCUAUUGUAAUGUGCUUUUGUUCGUUUCAACUUAAACCUGAAAAAUAUUUUUUCUUCAGUAGUAAAUAAUGUCUUUUUCUUUGCAUUCAGACUCUUAAGUUCUUUCCUAACUUUUGUCUUUAUUGUUAAGACAACCAC